AUGAGAGGUCGUGAUAUUCGAGUCAAAACUGUGCGAUACCCAAUCUCGAAACACUUGCGGGCGUCCUAUGACCAAAAAAAAGAAUGGUGCAAUAUUCGACAGCGAAACUUUUGCGCUGUCAAGUCUGCUCUUCUCCGUGGAGAUACCAGCGUUACCCUUCUGAAUUGGUAUGAUGUUCCAGACUACAUGUGGAAUCAUCUUACUCAGGCCGAUGAAGAAAUCGACACACUCCAAAUCGAUGCUUUUGCGCUCACUCCCAAACCCGCCCAUGACCCGGAUCCAAGCGGCAACUUACAGGCGGAUGCUCGAAAAGACAUUGAGUCAAGAAAGUGGUACGGUUUGAAGUUCACCUUCGUCAAAGUACUUGCCAAGGGAGGUCAAGGAUAUGUUUCAUUGUGGCAUGUCACCUUCGACGACGGCUCGACCAAGAAAGUCGUGAUCAAGAAGGGUCUAAGUCCCUCGUUCGAUCCCGAAAAGGAAGCCUCAUUCCACCUACGGUACAAAGAUGCGGAACACACGACCCAGGUCAUCGAUCUAAACCAGUAUUCCAAAGACAUACAGGAAGAACUGCUGAAAAAAGACCCAGCAUGCCGCCCACGGUUUAUGAAAGGAUAUCCCUGGGAUGCCAAACGCCUGGGAUGCGCUGUCUUUGAGUAUGUUGCCUAUGGUGAUGUAUGGAAGUACAUGGAGUCUAUUGUUCCAGGGAAGAAAAAGAAGUUCCCAAAUCAAGUUCUUUGGGGGAUAAUGGAAUGCUUUGCCCUGGCACUUGCCACUGUUUCAUAUACACCGAGUUUCGACGGAGAUAAUACCUUCGAGAAGGAUUAUAGAAGAGCCGAAGAGUUAGAUAAGGUGGAGGAUCUUUUGGACCAUGGCAGGCGUGCAUGGUAUUCGGAACAUGAUGUCCAUCAAGACCUGGAAGCACUCAAUGUACUCAUGGGUGAAGAUCCAGCUCAUGGAAACCAGCCUAUUUUCAAGUUGCAUGAUUUGGGAGCGUUUAGUGAAUGUAUGCGCAGAGAAUGGAGAAAUGUGACCGAAUUCAAGAUUUGGGAACGACGGCAUUACCCCAAGGAUCACGCUGUAACACCAGUAGGGUAUUGUCAGGAACAAAUAAGCAAAGAAUGGGACAGCCUUCCUAUCCGAUGUGAGAAAUCAGAGGUACAGAAGAUGUUUUGUGGCUCAGAUUUCCGAAGGGGGACCAAGUGUGCCGGACGAUAUGGGACAUGGACCAAUGUUUUUCUUAUUGCCAGAGUGAUGGAGUCUAUGAUUACCCGGGAGAUUAUGAGGACCAAAUGCAUGCUUGGGUCGACCCAGAGCUACGCGACCUCCUCUGCAUGUGCCUCUACGAAAACCCUGCCGACAGACCCAAACCACUGGAUAUACUGA